GCAGCCAGUAGGAAGACGCCCGGAUGAAGUCACUGUCAGUCUCGUGGAGGUGACAGCUGGGAGCCGGUGUCACGCUCUGGCAAAAUGCCGUUUAACGUGGAGGAUAUAUUGCGCCUGCUGUGCCAUGUGUCCGACCAGCAAAAGAUGAGAGCUGCUGUGAAGCAUUCGGCCAGAGGAGCUCUGGUCGCCGGCGCUGGCGCCUUCCUGGGUGGAUUGAUGGGCGGCCCUCCUGGACUUGCCGUAGGCGGUGCGGUCGGAGGACUAGUCGGGGCCUGGAUGACCAGCGGGCAGUUCAAGCCCAUUCCCCAGAUCAUAAUGGAGCUUCCUCCGGUGCAGCAGAAGACGCUCUGCGACAGCGUCUACGCCAUCAUCCGGAAUCUGGACUGGACGGACGCCACUCACCUCAUCAUGCUGGUCGGCGGCAACGCCGCUCUGCAGCAGAAGGUGGCCGCGGCGCUCAUCAGCUUCGUGACCCAGGAGCUGCAAGCGGAGAUCCAGUACGGAGAUUAGACCCGUUCCCGGGACUCGGCAGCCUCUGACGGGGACUGUGGGGGAGUCUCAGGAGUAUCUCAGGAGGUUACCGGCAGAGGUGGUAUUUAACUUUAGCCCAAAUCAUAUAGAAUUGCUUACCGUGAAUACUUUGUGGCCUUAAUCGUGUACACGAUGUGUGAAAGCCGCUCGGUCCUGGACGCUG